CCUCGCGGUGCCUCGGGGCUCCCCCUCCCUCUCUCCGCCCCCUGUGCCCGGACAGGCGGGGUUGCGGGCGGCAGGAGGGGUGCUUGGGGGGCGGGGGUCCCAGUGACGGCAUCGGAACGCGCCGUGCUAGGGCGUGGAGCCUGACUGCCCGGCCCGCGCUCGCCCGGGGCAGGUCCUGGAGACGUCCUCCGUCAGCAUGGGGCUGGAGGCCCAGAGGCCGCCAGGGGCCGAGGAGGCCCCUGUGAAGGUGGCCCUGCGUGUCCGCCCGCUGCUGCCCAAGGAGCUGCUGCAUGGCCAUCAGAGCUGCCUGCAAGUGGACCCCGAGUGGGGCCGAGUCACCCUGGGGCGGGACCGCCACUUUGGCUUCCAUGUGGUGCUGGCGGAGGAUGCGGGGCAGGAGGCUGUGUACCAGGCCUGUGUGCAGCCCCUCCUGGAGGCUUUCUUUGAGGGCUUCAAUGCCACUGUCUUUGCCUACGGUCAGACGGGCUCCGGGAAGACGUACACCAUAGGGGAAGCCAGUGUGGCCUCCCUGCACGAGGAUGAGCAGGGCAUCAUCCCAAGGGCCAUGGCUGAGGCCUUCAAGCUCAUCGAUGAGAAUGACCUGCUAGACUGCCUGGUGCACGUGUCCUACCUGGAAGUGUACAAGGAGGAGUUUCGGGACCUGCUUGAGGUGGGCACCGCCAGCCGGGACAUCCAGUUGCGGGAGGACGAUCGCGGGAAUGUUGUGCUGUGUGGGGUGAAGGAGGUGGACGUGGAGGGCCUGGACGAGGUGCUGAGCCUUUUGGAGGUGGGCAACGCCGCGCGGCAUACAGGUGCCACGCACCUCAACCGCCUCUCCAGCCGAUCCCACACCGUCUUCACGGUGACCCUGGAGCAACGGGGCCGGGCCCCCAGCCGCCUGCCCCGACCAGCUGUGGGCCAGCUGCUUGUCUCUAAGUUCCACUUCGUGGACCUGGCGGGCUCAGAGAGGGUCCUCAAGACAGGCAGCACUGGCGAGCGGCUCAAGGAGAGCAUCCAGAUCAACAGCAGCCUGCUGGCGCUCAGCAACGUCAUCAGCGCUCUGGGGGACCCCCAGCGCCGAGGCAGCCACAUCCCCUACCGCGACUCCAAGAUCACCAGGAUCCUCAAGGACUCACUGGGCGGCAACGCCAAGACGGUGAUGAUCGCCUGCGUCAGCCCCUCCUCCUCCGACUUUGACGAGACCCUCAACACCCUCAACUACGCCAGCCGCGCGCAGAACAUCCGCAACCGCCCCACGGUCAACUGGCGGCCCGAGGCCGAGCGCUCUUCUGAGGAGGCGACGGCCAGGACUCGAGGGCCCCCGCGGCACCGCUCGGAGACGCGAAUCAUCCACCGCGCUGGGCGCGCCCCGGGCCCCUCCGCCACCUGCUCAGGCGCACGCCUGGGCGCCGAGUGUGCACGCUACCGGGCGCGCACCAGCGCCGCCUACAGCCUCCUGCGCGAGCUGCAGGCCGAGCCUGGGCUGCCAGACGCCGCAGCGCGCAAGGUGCAGGACUGGCUGUGUGCAGUGGAGGGCGAGCGCAGCGCCCUGAGCUCCGCCUCAGGACCCGACAGUGGCAUCGAGAGCGCCUCGACCGAGGACCAGGCGGCGCAGGGGCCUGGCGGGCAAAAGGAAGAUGGUGGUGCACUGCAGCUCCUGGCCCUGCAGAGCCAGGUGGCCCGGCUGGAGGAGGAAAACAGAGACUUCCUGGCAGCGUUGGAGGACGCUAUGGAGCAGUACAAGCUGCAGAGCGACCGGCUGAGGGAGCAGCAGGAGGAGAUGGUGGAGUUGCGGCUGCGGCUGGAGCUGGUGCGGCCUGGCUGGGGGGCCCCGGGGCUCCUGGAGGGCUUGUCUUCUGGGCCGUUUGUGCCAAGGCCUCACACGGCGCCUCUGGGUGGUGUGCGUGCCCAUGUGCUAGCCAUGGUGCCCUCUGCCUGCCUCCCUGGAGAUGAAGGUGGCCCUGAGCAGCAGAGCGAGCAGGUGACAGAUGGCAGGGAGGCUGGAGCUGAGGUGCUGGCUGAGGCGGACAAGCUAGGAAGUGGCUCCUCAGCUGCGUCUGAGGAGGAGGAGGAGGAGGAGGAGGGGGAGCUGCCCAGGCAGACCUUGCACCUGCGGAGAAGUGGGAUCAGCAACUGUACCUUGAGGGCAGGGGUGCGGCCGGGGAGCCCCCCAGAAACGAAGGGCCCGGAACUCCACCUCGGAGAGCUAGAUGCAGCCCUCGGCAGGCCCAGAGCAGUUGGUGGAAAUAGGGCCCUGACCCAGAUCCGCCAGGCCCCCACAGCCACAGCCUCCGAGUGGCGGCUGGCCCAGGCCCAGCUGAAGAUCCGGGAGCUGGCCAUCAACAUCCGCAUGAAGGAGGAGCUCAUCGGUGAGCUGGUCCGCACAGGGAAGGCGGCCCAGGCCCUGAACCGCCAGCAUAGCCAGCGCAUCCGGGAGCUGGAGCAGGAGGCAGAGCGGGUGCGGGCUGAGCUAAGUGAGGGCCAGAGGCAGCUGCGGGAGCUGGAGGGCAGGGAGCCCCAGGAUGCCGGCGAGCGGUCCCGGCUCCAGGAGUUUCGCAAGAGGGUGGCUGCGGCCCAGAGCCAGGUGCAGGUGCUGAAGGAGAAGAAGCAGGCCACGGAGCGGCUGGCCUCGCUGUCAGCACAGAGUGAGAAACGGCUGCAGGAGCUGGAGAGGAACGUGCAGCUCAUGCGGCAGCAGCAGGGCCAGCUGCAGAGGCGGCUGCGUGAGGAGACAGAGCAGAAGCGGCGGCUAGAGACGGAGAUGCACAAACGGCAGCACCGUGUCAAGGAGCUGGAGCUGAAGCAUGAGCGGCAGCAGAAGAUCCUGAAGAUCAAGACAGAGGAGAUCGCGGCCUUCCAGAGGAAGCGGCGCAGCGGCAGCAAUGGCGCCGUGGUCAGCCUGGAGCAGCAGCAGAAGAUCGAGGAGCAGAAGAAGUGGCUGGACCAGGAGAUGGAGAAGGUACUGCAGCAGCGGCGGGCGCUGGAGGAGCUGGGGGAGGAGCUGCAUAAGCGGGAGGCCAUCCUGGCCAAGAAGGAGGCCCUGAUGCAGGAGAAGACGGGGCUGGAGAGCAAGCGCCUGCGGUCCAGCCAGGCCCUGAAUGAGGACAUUGUGCGAGUGUCCAGCCGGCUGGAGCACUUGGAGAAGGAGCUGUCCGAGAAGAGUGGGCAGCUUCGGCAGGGCAGUGCCCAGAACCAGCAGCAGAUCCGAGGGGAGAUCGACACCCUGCGCCAGGAGAAGGAUUCACUGCUGAAGCAGCGCCUGGAGAUUGACAGCAAGCUGAGGCAGGGCAGCCUUCUGUCGCCCGAGGAGGAGCGGACACUGUUCCAGUUGGAUGAGGCCAUCGAGGCCCUGGACGCUGCCAUCGAGUACAAGAACGAGGCCAUCACGUGCCGCCAGCGGGUGCUGCGAGCCUCAGCCUCCCUGCUGUCCCAGUGUGAGAUGAACCUCAUGGCCAAGCUCAGCUACCUGUCGUCUUCAGAGACCAGAGCCCUGCUCUGCAAGUACUUCGACAAGGUGGUGACGCUCCGGGAAGAGCAGCACCAGCAGCAGAUCGCCUUCUCGGAGCUGGAGAUGCAGCUGGAGGAGCAGCAGAGGCUGGUGUACUGGCUGGAGGUGGCCCUCGAGCGGCAGCGCCUGGAGAUGGACCGCCAGCUGACGCGGCAGCAGAAGGAGCACGAACAGAGCGUGCAGCUGCUCCUCCAGCAGGGCCGUGACCACCUGGGCGAGGGGUUCACAGACAGCAGGCGGCAAUAUGAGGCCCGGAUCCAGGCUCUGGAGAAGGAACUGGGCCGCCACAUGUGGCUGAACCAGGAGCUGAAGCAGAGGCUGAGCAUGGGGAGUGCCACAGGCCCGAGCAGGGGUGGGGAAAGGAGGAGCCUCGGCCUGGAGAACAGGCAGGGCCCUGGACAUGACGAGGGGCUGCAGCCCACUGCGCCAGAGCUUCCGUGGCAGCCCCUGCUCCCCGACGGUGUUCCCCGAGCCCGGGAGGAGAUGCGAGACUUGGUCCAUGCCCCGUUACCGCUGACGUGGAAGCGCUCCAGCCUGUGUGGGGAGGAGCAGUGCUCCCCUGAGGAGCCAAGGCCGCGAGAGGCAGCUGAGUGCCUGGUAGGGCGGGUGUUGCCCGUGGGUGAGGCUGGCCUGUCCUGGAACUUUGGACCCCUGGCCAAGCCGCGGUGGGAGCCACGAAGGGCCAGCCCGGGGAUGAUCGAUGUCCGGAAAAACCCCCUGUAGGCUGGUGGUGCAGGUCCUGCCUCAGAGGGCGAUUCUUGUUCUGGUGACAGGUGCGGGGUUUCAUUCUCUGAAGGAGCCCUUGCCUCACACCCAAAGCCGGGUCCUCAUGAAUACACCCAUUGGCAUCAACUAAUUUGGAUCACAGCCUCAGAGGACUUAUUUUUUUCUGCAGUGUUGGGGAGUAAAACCAGGCCCUUGUGCGUGCUAAGCAUGUGCUCUACCUGAGCUACACCCCAGCCCUCAUUUUUAAAAAAUAUGCAAGCUCCUACCACCCGCUUCCUUUAGGCUGCAGGAUCUGAUUGCCAGCUUUCAGCUUGCUCAAAUUUCAGGACAAUUCUGAUUUCAAGACUUAGCCAUGGGCUUGAAGUUCCCUUAAGAAGGUCAGCAGCAAUGGGACUGUGGUUUAAAUGGUCUCCUGUAGAUCGGGGAGUUAGGGGAUUUAUUAGCACGUUUUUUUGAAUUUUUAAGUCAUUUCAUAAUAAACAGGAAAAGUCUCCUUAUA